CCGCGGUCCGCCCUGCCCAUCCCCGCGCUGCGGCUGCUGCUGCUCAGCUAACGGGCUCCGACCCAGCGAGCUCCGCGUCCGCGCGUCUGUCCGUCCGCCGGCGACCCGGAGCCUCCACCGUGCGUGGUUUCUGCUGCAGAACCUGACACCAUGGCCAAUCCAGCACAGGGUGCCAAGUACCGGGGCUCUAUUCACGACUUCCCAGACUUUGAUCCCAGCCAGGAUGCUGAGGCUCUGUACACCGCCAUGAAGGGCUUCGGCAGUGACAAGGAGGCCAUACUGGAGCUGAUCACCUCCCGGAGCAAUAAACAGAGGCAGGAGAUCUGCCUGAGCUACAAGUCCCUCUAUGGCAAGGACCUCAUUGCUGACUUGAAGUAUGAGCUGACGGGGAAGUUCGAACGGCUGAUCGUGGGCCUGAUGAGGCCACUUGCCUACAGUGAUGCCAAAGAAAUUAAAGAUGCCAUUUCGGGCAUCGGCACUGAUGAGAAGUGCCUCAUUGAGAUCUUGGCUUCCCGGACAAAUGAGCAGAUCCACCAACUGGUAGCAGCAUACAAAGAUGCCUACGAGCGAGACCUGGAGUCUGAUAUCAUCGGCGACACCUCUGGCCAUUUCCAGAAGAUGCUGGUGGUCCUGCUCCAGGGAACCAGGGAGGAGGACAAUGUAGUGAGCGAGGACUUGGUACAACAGGAUGUCCAGGACCUGUUUGAGGCAGGGGAACUGAAAUGGGGAACAGAUGAGGCCCAGUUCAUUUACAUCUUGGGAAAUCGCAGCAAGCAGCAUCUUCGGUUGGUGUUUGAUGAGUAUCUGAAGACCACGGGGAAGCCAAUCGAAGCUAGCAUCCGAGCGGAGCUGUCCGGGGACUUUGAGAAGCUAAUGCUGGCCGUGGUAAAAUGCGUCCGCAGCACCCCGGAGUAUUUUGCUGAAAGGCUCUUCAAGGCCAUGAAGGGCCUGGGGACUCGCGACAACACCCUGAUCCGCAUCAUGGUCACCCGCAGUGAGCUGGACAUGCUGGACAUUCGGGAGAUCUUCCGGACCAAGUAUGAGAAGUCCCUCUACAGCAUGAUCAAGAAUGACACCUCUGGCGAGUACAAGAAGGCUCUGCUAAAACUGUGCGGGGGAGAUGAUGAUGCUGCUGGCCAGUUCUUCCCGGAGGCAGCGCAGGUGGCCUAUCAGAUGUGGGAACUUAGUGCAGUGUCCCGAGUAGAGCUAAAGGGAACCGUGCGCCCAGCAGGUGACUUCAACCCUGAUGCAGAUGCCAAAGCCCUGAGGAAAGCCAUGAAGGGACUUGGAACCGACGAGGACACCAUCAUUGAUAUCAUCACGCAUCGCAGCAAUGCCCAGCGCCAGCAGAUCCGGCAGACCUUCAAGUCUCACUUUGGCCGGGACUUAAUGGCUGACCUGAAGUCUGAGAUCUCUGGAGACCUGGCGAGGCUGAUUCUCGGGCUCAUGAUGCCACCAGCCCAUUAUGAUGCCAAGCAGUUGAAGAAGGCCAUGGAGGGAGCUGGCACGGAUGAAAAGGCUCUGAUCGAAAUCCUGGCCACUCGGAACAAUGAUGAAAUCCGGGCCAUCAAUGAGGCCUACAAGGAGGACUAUCACAAGUCCCUGGAGGAUGCCCUGAGCUCAGACACAUCCGGCCACUUUAAGAGGAUCCUCAUUUCUCUGGCCACGGGAAACCGUGAGGAAGGAGGAGAAGACCGAGACCAGGCCCGGGAAGAUGCCCAGGUGGCUGCUGAGAUCUUGGAAAUCGCAGACACUCCCAGCGGAGAUAAAACUUCCCUGGAGACGCGGUUCAUGACGAUCCUGUGCACCCGUAGCUAUCCGCACCUAAGGAGAGUCUUCCAGGAGUUCAUCAAGAUGACCAACUAUGAUGUGGAGCACGUCAUCAAGAAGGAGAUGUCUGGGGACGUCAGGGACGCUUUUGUGGCCAUCGUUCAGAGUGUCAAGAACAAGCCUCUCUUCUUUGCUGACAAACUUUACAAAUCCAUGAAGGGCGCUGGCACAGAUGAGAAGACACUCACCAGAGUCAUGGUUUCCCGGAGUGAGAUCGACCUGUUCAACAUCCGGCAGGAAUUCAUUGAGAAAUACGACAAGUCUCUCCACCAAGCUAUCGAGGGUGACACCUCCGGAGACUUCCUGAAGGCCUUGCUGGCUCUCUGUGGCGGCGAGGACUAGUACCACUGGCUUUGGUGUGUCCCUCUGCCAAGAAAUGGUCUGCAGUGCCAGCUGCCGUGACCAGGCCGUUGUUCCAGAUCCAGAGACUAAGGAAGGCAUUAGGGUGGGGGGAGGGGUUAGGGUGGGGCUCUUGUCUUCAACUGAGGCUUAGGAAAGUCUCCCACUCCCAGGGGUCAUCAAGGGCCCAGCACGGUCACUCCUGCUCAUGCCCGAGCAGCUGAAGAACCGUAGCCACAGGUCCCAUCCACCUCUGCUCCCUUGUUACCUCCUCUCCAGCCACCACCCCCACCUGCCUCUGUCCCUUGCCACACCCUUGCCCUGGUUUGGGCUUUGUCAAAUCCCAAAACAUACUGAGCCUCCAUAAAGUGA